AUGCGCGCUUUCGACGUGCUAGGAGGAUCACAGGCUGCCACCCUGGGGGACGCCCCGGGAGGUGGGGAGAGCCAGGGACGCCUGGUGGUCUCCUUCUGUCGGUCAGAGGACCGAGUUCUGUUGUUGAAGCGAAAGCUUCCCCCUCCGCGGCCGUCCGACUCUUUUGCCUGCUUGUGGAAGACGCGGACGGGUCGCGUGUGUCUGGAUCUGUUGGUUUCUGUUUUGUGUGUCUUUGUCUUGUGCGUCCUUGUCUACAGUUUUAAUAUGGGACAGACGGUGACGACCCCUCUUAGUUUGACUCUCGACCAUUGGACUGAAGUUAAAUCCAGGGCUCAUAAUUUGUCAGUUCAGGUUAAGAAGGGACCUUGGCAGACUUUCUGUGUCUCUGAAUGGCCGACAUUCGAUGUUGGAUGGCCAUCAGAGGGGACCUUUAAUUCUGAGAUUAUCCUGGCUGUUAAAGCAAUUAUUUUUCAGACUGGACCCGGCUCUCAUCCCGAUCAGGAGCCCUAUAUCCUUACGUGGCAAGAUUUGGCAGAGGAUCCUCCGCCAUGGGUUAAACCUUGGCUGAAUAAGCCAAGAAAGCCAGGUCCCCGAAUUCUGGCUCUUGGAGAGAAAAACAAACACUCGGCUGAAAAAGUCAAGCCCUCUCCUCAUAUCUACCCCGAGAUUGAGGAGCCGCCGGCUUGGCCGGAACCCCAAUCUGUUCCCCCACCCCCUUAUCCGGCACAGGGUGCUGCGAGGGGACCCUCUGCCCCUCCUGGAGCUCCGGCGGUGGAGGGACCUGCUGCAGGGACUCGGAGCCGGAGGGGCGCCACCCCGGAGCGGACAGACGAGAUCGCGACAUUACCGCUGCGCACGUACGGCCCUCCCAUACCGGGGGGCCAAUUGCAGCCCCUCCAGUAUUGGCCCUUUUCUUCUGCAGAUCUCUAUAAUUGGAAAACUAACCAUCCCCCUUUCUCGGAGGAUCCCCAACGCCUCACGGGGUUGGUGGAGUCCCUUAUGUUCUCUCACCAGCCUACUUGGGAUGAUUGUCAACAGCUGCUGCAGACACUCUUCACAACCGAGGAGCGAGAGAGAAUUCUGUUAGAGGCUAGAAAAAAUGUUCCUGGGGCCGACGGGCGACCCACGCAGUUGCAAAAUGAGAUUGACAUGGGAUUUCCCUUGACUCGCCCCGGUUGGGACUACAACACGGCUGAAGGUAGGGAGAGCUUGAAAAUCUAUCGCCAGGCUCUGGUGGCGGGUCUCCGGGGCGCCUCAAGACGGCCCACUAACUUGGCUAAGCCUUUGUUCUCUAGGCUCAAGGCGCUCGAGUGGGUGAGGCAGCGAGCGUGGAAGCAGCUCCGGGAGGCCUACUCAGGAGGAGACUUGCAAGUUCCACAUCGCUUCCAAGUUGGAGAUUCAGUCUAUGUUAGACGCCACCGUGCAGGAAACCUCGAGACUCGGUGGAAGGGACCUUAUCUCGUACUUUUGACCACACCAACGGCUGUGAAAGUCGAAGGAAUCCCCACCUGGAUCCAUGCAUCCCACGUUAAGCCGGCGCCACCUCCCGAUUCGGGGUGGAAAGCCGAAAAGACUGAAAAUCCCCUUAAGCUUCGCCUCCAUCGCGUGGUUCCUUACUCUGUCAAUAACUCCUCAAGUUAAUGGUAAACGCCUUGUGGACAGCCCGAACUCCCAUAAACCCUUAUCUCUCACCUGGUUACUUACUGACUCCGGUACAGGUAUUAAUAUUAACAGCACUCAAGGGGAGGCUCCCUUGGGGACCUGGUGGCCUGAAUUAUAUGUCUGCCUUCGAUCAGUAAUCCCUGGUCUCAAUGACCAGGCCACACCCCCCGAUGUACUCCGUGCUUACGGGUUUUACGUUUGCCCAGGACCCCCAAAUAAUGAAGAAUAUUGUGGAAAUCCUCAGGAUUUCUUUUGCAAGCAAUGGAGCUGCGUAACUUCUAAU